UAGCGGACGUGUGCAUCAUCGCUCUAAAUUCUGUCAAAAAUAUUAAUUUGUGUGCAAAGUGAAUUACGGCUUAUUGCGGUACACAUACGGUCCUAAGUUGUACUCACUACCAGUGGCUGUUAAAUCGUUGCGCUCCUGUUGUGAAAUUGUGCGAGCGGUACAGAUAACUCCAUCUCACUCAACUACGCAUCGUGGACUGCUCUCACCCAUACUGACCCGUCCGAAUCAGAACAUAAGGAUGAAUUUGGUACAUUCGCCGAACAAGAAGGGAUCCUCGGAUGCGCAAGUCACGCAGCGUAAACGUAAACAACAUGCAUUAGAUGACGAUCUGAGAAAUGAGAUGACCGAAUUUAGGACGGAAAGUAUGUCUUUCCUAAAAGAUUUCCGGACGGCUCAUGACCAGGAUGUAAAAGAUAUGCGCUCUGAUCUUAAUGAAAUAAAAAAUGAUAUCUGCUCAUUGAGAACAGAUAUGCAUAAAAUGAAGGAAGAACACUCCAACUUCAAAAAAGAAUUAAGCAGUAUUGUGGAUUCUAUUGAAUACCAGUCAAAGGAGCAGAAUGAUCUUAAAUCCUGCGUUGACUUAAUGAAAGAGGAUUUGACUUUAUUAAAAACAACUGAAAACGAAUUGGCUGAAUGUAAAAAACAACUUGGCGAGUUAACUGAGGAGUAUCAAAUUCAACAGCAACGUGAACGACUGAAUAAUUUGGAAAUCUCGGGCAUCCCAAAAUCACACAAUGAAAAUCUCUCUCAACAUUUGCAUCAAAUAUGUCAAGUUCUUGGCCUAGUACUGUGCGCUGACGACAUAAUUCACAUUCACAGAGUACCUACCCGAGUAUCAAAUAAUCCGAAGCUUAUCAUAGUCAAGUUUAAAUCACAACUGAUAAAGGAUUCGAUAAUAUCUGCUAUACGCAAGAAAAAGGCACUCACUACAAAGGAAAUAGGGAUGGGAGGAGAGGACCGUCGCAUCUACGUGAAUGAACACCUCACACCAUAUUAUAAAGCACUAUACAGGAAGACCCGUGAGCUGGCGUCCAAAUCUUCGUUCCAGUUUGUUUGGAUUCGUAACUGCAAAAUCUACGUUCGCCGGAACGACACAUCGCCCUCGUUUUUCAUAAAAACCCAAAAAGAUUUGGAAAAACUGAAGUGAAACCAAAUGUAUUGAGGAGACCUCCAUGUACUUGUAUCCUUUGUUUAUAUUGUGUUCAUAGCUAUACCUAUUAUAAUGAUAGUGUUCAGCCUACUAUAAAAUGCUCGAACGUCGAUGCACAAUGCAUAGUUAUCAUAUUCUCUUAUAUAUUUAAUUUCUAUUUAGUCUUUUAUUUAUCUGAGGAAGAAACCUACAUAAAAUUAAUAUAUAUACAUCCAUUAAUAUAUAUAUAUAACCGAUGCUAUAAUCCUUUAUUG